UUUGUUUUGCUGCUUUGUCUUUGUUUUCCCAUCACACGUCUGCUUUCAAUGGUCACGAGGAAACUGGACUUCUCCUGUUACAAGUGUUUUAUUCUGUCACGUUUGCUCCAGCAGAAACAAAUGUCCUUCCCAGCCAAGAUGCGUGCCGUGUCGUGCAGCGUCUUCCUCCUCCUCCUCUGCCUCCUCGCCCUCACCGGUGCCAAGCGCCAGCCUGCACAAGACAAACGUGGCAAAUCCAAUCAGCCUCCGCCGUCUCCCCAGCCAGCCAAGCGGCCCCGGAGCCGCUCGGUUCUCAGUUCGGGGGAGCUGACCACCAAGGACGGCCACCGCUGCACUUGGCAGACGUCUGGCGAGGGUCUGGUGACCCUGCUGGUGAACUGCAGCAGCGGAACUGAAGGAGAUCAGGAGAGCAGAUACUGGUGUCGUUACGCUGGGAAACCAGACCUCUGCCAGGCCUACGGGGUGAAGUCCAGCCAGUACUGGAAGCAGCUGGUGGGAAAGCUGAAGAAAAGGGGGAAGGCCUGCGGAGAGAAAUUCCUAAAGGCCAAAACCUGUAAGAAGGCGCCUCCCGAGGCCCACAUGAAGCUAGCCCAGCAGAGCGGAGGGGAGGAGAAGAAGGGAGGCAAAGAGGGAGGGAAGAAGAAAGGAGUAGCCGCUGAGAAGAGUGCAGAUGGAGAGAAGGUACAGAAGAAAAAGAGUAAGAAGGAGGAGGAAGAGGAGAAGAAGAGGAUGGAGGACAAGACUGGGUUUGAGGAGGAGAGAUUAAUGAACGACAUGGAGCCGGUGCAGGCUUAUUGCAGCGAGGGGUGGCACUCCGUCUGCUCCUUCUUUGUUAAGUUUUUUGAUGGUUGACGCGGCGUUUCCUCCUUUGUUCAUGGUGGCGUAAACACACAAUCUGAAAGCAAUCAAGGAAAAUGUUUUUGUAAUCUCUUUAGAAGUAGCUCAUUUGUAAGAUCCUGUAGAAGAAGAACAAUCCUGUACCAUUUAUGAAAGCCAGUUUAUCUGGAAUUUGGAAAAAAACUUUUGGUAAUAUCAGAUUUUUUAACUAUCAAAUUCUUUUGAUAAAUUAGGUCUACAGUUUGCAUCAAAUUUGCAACAUUGUGGGACAAUAUAUAAAGUUGCUGCAUGCAGCAACACCACCGCAGACCACAAAUAUGGACAUAAAUAUGGACAUGACGAGAAAGCUUAUACGUGUUAGACGCAGAAAAGUGCUCCUCUUCAAUUCAAUUAAAUCAUAUUCAAAAUACUUUAUUAAUCCCUGAAGGGAAUUGAUUUUCCAGUACAGCCCGAGUGUUAUAAAACAUGCUGGGAAUUCCCGCUACUGUGCAGUAUUUCCAGUGGCUCUUGGUCAACGCGGAGACCCCGUCAAACGCCCCCAUGUGGGCACAAGUGGUACUGCACAAGUGGUUCUGCAUAGCAUGGCCAUCUGAAUUGAUCUAUCGGUAAGCCCCGCCCCCUCAAAGGCAGAUGAGCCAAUGGCUGUUGAGUAUCAGUUCCACAGGGAACAGAACUCAGACUUUUCCCUGUUCAGAUCCACAGAAAAACAGUGGAAGAUCGUGAACUCUCAUCUGUUUUAUGGGGUUUAUGUCAAAAAAAGUAAAAAAAAAAAGAGAGAUUUGAAGUCAUGCCUUUCCUAAUUAAAAUAAUGUAAUGUUAAUUAAUUGAAUUUCACUCUGGGGUGCAUGAACAGUGCUGGAUGUUGUAAUCAGCAGUCAGGACGACAGUAAGAUUAAGCUUCUGCACAGCCUCAUCUCCAACUGAAUCCUAUUACCAAACAUAUAUUUUUAGAUUUUCUACAUAUCCCUUCAUGACAUGUUUAAAUCCCAUUUGAAUGCUCCUCAAUGAAAGGUGGUCCUUUUGCAUCCAAAAGUGUGUCUUAAACAUCUUGGGAGAAAGUUUUCACACAUUAUAAACCACCAUUAUAAACUAUUGGAGUUACAACACUAACUAAGGGGGGCGGGGCUUACCGAUAGGUCAGUUGUACAAAACUUUGAGAUAACGAAAGCAUAUUCAGCAUAAAUUGUCCCUCACAUUUAUUUCACACACUGACAUGUGCAGGCGUGACCUGACGGUGGAGAAAUUCUAAAUUCUGCAGGAAAAUCAAUCAGUCUGAUCAUGAUUUGAUCUCACAUUUUGUAAAUUAACUUUGUUUAGCUUUGGGAUGUGUUUUUGUUGUUGUACUUGUGCUUUCUAGAAAAAUUAAGUCUGACUUAGGUCUAUGAUGUUGGUGUGCCCUGAUUGAUUAAUGACAUGUUCUGAUGAUGAUGAUGAUGAUGAUGAUGAUGAUGAUGAUGACGACUUUGAUCACUUAGAUUAAUUAAUGAUUUCAGACUAAAACAUUCUCUAGACUUUACAUCGCCUCGUGUAAAAACAGUUUGUUAAAGGUUGUCAGUUGUUCCUAUUUGCACUGUUGCAGCAUUUGGUAAUGUCUUUAAGGAAAUGUUAACAAUACUUUGAACUCUACAAUAAAGUCUUUCAA